GCCACCAUCCUCUUCUACCUCCUCGCCAAGCUCACCGGUGGGCCGUCAGGGGCAGAUGACUGGGCCUAUGACUGGGCCGUCAGGGGCAGAUCGAGCGAGAGGGCCGCGCGUGUGCAGGCGUGCAUUGGGGCCACCGUGGCAAAGGACCUCGCGCAUGCGGUGGCGCACUUCGACCUGGCCAAGUGCUUCGACGACGCGGCGCGCUCAAUGCGCAUCGUCCUGGACGGUAGCUCCACCGUGGGCGCGCGCUGGGCCAGAGGCAAUGUCGCGGGAAGCCGCUUCGCGCCCGUCUGCCUCGAGAUGGUCAUAUUCGCAGCGCUGGGCGGGGCGGCGGCGGCCUUCCCCUGGGCCGACGCGCGCUUGUCUUUCGACGACCUGGCG